AUGCCUGGGUUUCUAGCACCAUAUCGUGGUGAACGUUAUCACUUGCGUCGCUUUAGAGGAAGAGGGAACCAUCCUAGAGGUGCGAUGGAGUUAUUCAAUUAUAGGCACUCAUCAUUGCGCAAUGUGAUUGAACGUUGUUUUGGACUUCUUAAAGCCAGGUUUCCCAUUUUGAAGUCAAUGCCUCCAUACUUGCUUGGAAAGCAACGUCGAAUACCAAUAGCAUGUUGCGCUAUCCACAACUGGAUCAAAAUGCAUUCUAUUAAUGAUAGAAUGUUUGAACAAUAUUCAGUUGAUGCUACACCUGUUGAAGAUAUUGAAGGAACUGAAAGCCAAUCUAAUACAACAAUAGAAAACCAACAAGAAGGAGAUGAAGCAGGAAUUUCUGAGGCACCACAGAUUAAUUUCAGUCAAGCUUAUAUGGCUCACAUGGAAAAUAUUAGAGAUGACAUUGUUGAACAAAUGUGGCUUAGUUAUAACAAUAAUAUUUAG